UUGUCGGCCAUGGUGUGGUGGUAUAAAUGAUAGAGUUUAUAACAUGUUAAGUUAAAUGAAAAUUUAACUUUAAAAGAAUCAUGGCAGAUUCAUUAGAAGGAUCAGCUUCUCAACCUCCUUCUGUAUCUCAACCAGUAACCUCUGAAUUAGCUGAUGUUAAUGUUUUUAUAAAAUAUAUUAAGAGGGUGGUACCGGUGUUGUUGGAAGAUGAUGACGAAGUACACCCUGCUCUGGUCGCUGCUUUAUCCGACAGAAAUAAUUUAGAGAUUCUAAAAAAAUUUAUUGGAGAUCCGCAAUGUCGAGCACUUUUAAUACAACGAUCUUCUAGUAAAGAUGAUGAAGAGGUUACUGAAGCAGGUGGAGAAGGGGAUGAAGAAAAAGAAAAUGUUGUAUAUAUCAUAUCUGAUGAUGUACGUUUUACGAAUCCAAAAGUUAACAGUAUUGUUAUCAUCAAGACCUCAUCUGUCAUUGAGGCUGACAAGAAAAUUGUAUCUCAAGUACGGGUAAUGAAUUUGAAUGAUGCAUCUCCUUAUGAAACUCUUCAUUCAUAUGUCAGCAGUGCUGUAGCUCCUUAUUUCAAGUCUUAUGUUCGGGAAACUGGCAGAGCUGAAAGAGAUGGAGAUAAAAUGGCUCCUACUGUGGAGAAAAAGAUUGCUGAGUUAGAAAUGGGACUACUUCACUUGCAACAAAACAUUGACAUUCCAGAAAUAACUCUUCUUAUUCAUCCUGCUGUAGCUGCAACAAUAAAAAAAGCCAGUGAUGAAGGUAGAAAAGCAACUGUAAAUGAUUUUGGUGAUAAAGUAGAAGAUUCAACAUUCCUAAAUCAAUUGCAGAAUGGAGUAAAUAGAUGGAUUAGAGAAAUUCAAAAGGUUACUAAAUUGGACAGAGAUCCAUCAUCAGGCACUGCACUGCAAGAAAUUAGUUUUUGGUUGAACUUAGAAAGAGCGCUUUUGCGUAUUCAAGAGAAGAGAGAAAGUCCUGAAGUUGCUUUAACCCUUGACAUUUUAAAGAAGGGAAAACGUUUUCAUGCAACUGUCAGUUUUGAUACUGAUACAGGUUUAAAACAAGCUUUGGCAACUGUAAAUGAUUAUAAUCCUCUAAUGAAAGAUUUUCCCUUAAAUGAUUUGCUAUCAGCAACUGAGCUUGACAAAAUCAGAACUGCACUUGGAGCUAUUUUUUUCCACCUGAGAAAAAUUCGCAGCACCAAAUAUCCGAUUCAGAGAGCACUGCGUUUGGUGGAAGCAAUAUCGAGAGAUCUAAUGAAUCAACUCUUAAAGGUACUUGGUACUCGAAGACUAAUGCAUAUUCCAUUUGAUGAAUUUGAAAAAGUUUUAAAUGCUUGCUUUGAAGUCUUCAGCACAUGGGAUGAUGAAUAUGAUAAACUUCAAGGAUUACUUAGAGAUAUAGUAAAAAAGAAAAGAGAUGAGCAUUUGAAAAUGGUCUGGCGUGUAAGCCCUGCUCAUAAAAAAUUACAAGCUCGAAUGGAACAAAUGAGGAAAUUCCGUCGACAACAUGAACAGCUUCGAACUGUUAUUGUGCGUGUUUUGCGGCCAUCAGUUGUACCAAGGCCUCCUCAACAAGCAGGCACUCCAGUUGAGCAAGAUGCAGCCGAAUCAAAAACAGAUUCACUUGAUGCUGCAGAUGUCAAUGCCAUUGAAGAAGUCAAUCUGGCAUAUGAAAAUGUCAAGGAAGUGGAUGGUUUGGAUAUUUCUAAAGAAGGAACUGAAGCAUGGGAAGCAUCUUUACGUCGGUAUGAAGAACGAAUUGAUCGUGUGGAGACAAGGAUUACAGCCCGAUUGCGUGAUCAGUUAGGAACAGCAAAGAACGCUAAUGAAAUGUUCCGCAUAUUUUCACGAUUCAAUGCUUUAUUUGUUCGACCCCACAUCCGUGGUGCUAUCAGAGAAUACCAAACACAACUCAUUCAGAGAGUAAAAGAUGACAUAGUUGCUCUUCAUGAGAAGUUUAAAGUACAGUAUCCUCAGAGUAAGGCAUGUCGUAUGAGUAGAGUUAGAGAUUUACCUCCAGUGGCAGGAUCCAUCAUUUGGGCUAAGCAGAUUGAUAGACAGCUAUCUGUAUAUAUGAAAAGAGUUGAAGAUGUUUUAGGUAAAGGAUGGGAAAACCAUGUUGAAGGACAGAAACUAAAAGCUGAUGCAGACAGUUUUCGUGUUAAAUUAAACACUCAAGGGAUUUUUGAUGAUUGGUCCAAAAUGGUUGCACAGCGCCAAUUGGGUGUUUCUGGAAGAAUAUUUACCAUUGACAAUACUCGAUCUCGAACUGGCAAAGGAAGUGUACUUAAGUUAAGAAUUAACUUCUUGCCUGAAAUAAUCACAUUAGCCAAGGAGGUGAGAAAUCUGCGUUGGUUAGGAUUUCGGGUUCCUUUAGCCAUAAUUAAUAAAGCUCAUCAAGCAAACCAGCUUUAUCCCUUUGCUAUAUCACUGAUUGAAAGCAUAAGGUCAUAUGAAAGAACUUGUGAAAAGGUUGAAGAAAGACCAUCUAUAACACUGUUGGUUGCUGGCCUAAAGAAAGAAGCACAAAGUUUGAUUGUUGAGGGUGUUUCCUUAGUGUGGGAGUCAUACAAACUUGAUCCAUAUGUGCAAAGACUAGCUGAAAAUGUAUUUAACUUCCAAGAAAAAGUUGAAGAUCUUUUGUUUAUUGAAGAACAGAUUGAUAUAGAUGUUCGCUCACUAGAAACUUGUGCAUACAGUACUAACAUAUUUGCUGAUAUUCUCAAUAAAAUUCAAAAGGCUGUUGAUGACUUGAGUCUUCAUCAAUAUUCAAACCUUCAUUUAUGGGUGAACAAGUUAGACGAAGAAGUUGAGAAAAAACUUGCAUUAAGGCUUGAAGCUGGUAUUAAAGCAUGGACUAAAGCAUUGGAAGGAAAAGGUCAACAAGAUUCUGAUCUUGCUAAUGAUACUGAUACUACUACUGCUCAUAAAUUAGGUGGUGAUCCUCAAAUACAGACUCUUAUUCAUGAAAUUCGUAUUACAAACCAAGUCAUUUAUGUGAAUCCAAGUGUUGAAGAAGCUAGAUUUAAUAUCAUGCAACAGUUAUUUGCUUGGGAGAAUGUUGUUUUACUCCAAACACGCAUUCAAAGUUCGAGAUAUCAAGUUGGUUUGGAUCGACCAGUUUCAGAAUCCUACCGAAAUCUUCUAAGAAAAAUGCCAGAUGGUGCUUUAACUUUAGAAUCUGCUUAUCAAGAAAUUGAAAACAAAAUCAAGCAAAUGGAUUCCUAUGUAAAAGAAUGGCUUCGUUAUCAGGCAUUGUGGGAUUUGCAACCAGAAGCUCUUUACUCAAAACUUGGAGAGAACAUUAAUCUUUGGAUGAACACAUUGAUUGAAAUAAAGAAAUCAAGAACAACUUUUGAUACCACUGAAGUGCGUAAAGAAAUUGGUCCAAUAAUCAUUGAAUAUGCAAAAGUUCAAUCUAAAGUUUCUCUUAAAUAUGACUCAUGGCACAAAGAUGUUUUAGGAAAGUUUGGAUCAUUACUUGGAAAUGAAAUGGCUGUUUUUCACACCACUGUCUCUAAAUCUCGUAGUGAUUUGGAGCAGCAGUCUAUCGAAACAGACUCCACUUCUGAUGCUGUGACUUUCAUCACUUAUGUUCAGUCUCUUAAAAAGAAGAUGAAAGUUUGGGACAAAAAAGUUGAACUAUACCGUGAAGGUCAAAGGAUUUUAGAAAGACAAAGGUUUCAGUUCCCCAAUUCUUGGCUUCAUAUUGAUAAUGUUGAAGGAGAAUGGUCAGCAUUCAAUGAAAUCUUACGCCGAAAAGAUAGUGCUAUUCAAGUUCAAGUUGCUAGUUUACAAGUCAAGAUUGUAGCUGAAGAUAAAGCAGUUGAAGCUCGUACAAAUGAUGUUCUUAGUGAAUGGGAAAAAGCAAAACCAGUUGAAGGAUCACUUAAACCACAAGACGCAAUGGGACACUUAUCGCUUUUUGAAUCAAAAUUUACUCGUCUGAAGGAAGAUAGAGAUAAUGUUAUGCGAGCUAAAGAAGCUCUUGAACUUCAAGAACCAGGCAUUCUCAGUGCGACAGAUGAACGUUUACAAGUGGCCGUGGAAGAACUUCAAGAUUUGAAAGGAGUUUGGUCAGAACUUGCAAAAAUAUGGGAUCAGAUUGACCAAAUGAAGGAACAACCAUGGCUGUCUGUUCAACCAAGGAAAUUAAGACAGCAUCUCGACAGCUUGCUAAAUCAACUUAAAGAACUUCCUGCUAGAUUACGACAGUAUGCAUCAUAUGAAUAUGUGAAGCGGACUCUUCAGAAUUUCACCAAAGUAAAUAUGUUGAUUGUUGAACUAAAAUCUGAUGCAUUGAAAGAGAGGCAUUGGAAACAGCUGAUGAAACAAUUAAGAGUGAGCUGGAUACUUUCCGACUUAACUCUUGGUCAAGUUUGGGAUAUUGACCUCCAACGUAAUGAAGCCAUCAUUAAAGGAGUCAUCUUGGUUGCACAGGGUGAAAUGGCACUGGAAGAAUUUUUGAAACAGGUUCGAGAAGCUUGGCAAAACUAUGAAUUAGAUUUGGUGAGCUACCAGAAUAAAUGUCGCCUUAUCAAAGGCUGGGAUGACCUGUUUACCAAAGUUAAAGAACACAUCAACUCAGUUGCGGCUAUGAAGCUUUCUCCUUAUUAUAAGGAAUUUGAAGAAGAUGCUUUAGCUUGGGAAGAAAAAUUAAACCGUAUAAAUGCCCUCUUUGAUGUGUGGAUAGAUGUUCAGAGACGAUGGGUUUACUUGGAAGGCAUCUUUUCUGGAAGUGCUGAUAUUCAAACACUCCUUCCAGUUGAAACAUCUCGCUUUCAAAGCAUUAGUGCCGAGUUCCUCACUCUUAUGAAGAAGGUUUCCAAAUCUCCGCUAGUAAUGGAUGUAUUGAAUAUUCCCGGAGUUCAAAGAUCUUUAGAAAGAUUAGCAGACUUAUUGGGGAAAAUACAAAAAGCUCUAGGAGAAUAUUUAGAAAGGGAAAGAUCAUCUUUUCCCAGGUUUUAUUUUGUGGGCGAUGAGGAUUUGUUGGAAAUCAUUGGUAAUAGCAAAAAUAUCCCCCGUUUACAAAAGCAUUUCAAGAAAAUGUUUGCUGGUGUUGCUGCUAUCAUAUUAGAUGAAGAAGAUACAGUUGUCACUGGUAUUGCUUCUAAAGAAGGAGAAGAAGUUACUUUUGCAAAUCGCGUUUCUAUCAAGGAGCAUCCAAAAAUUAAUGAAUGGUUAACUCUGGUUGAAAAAGAGAUGAGACUUACUCUUGCUACUCUUUUGGCAUCUGCUGUGUCAAAUAUUGGACCUUUCAAAGGUGGAAACAUAGAUCAGAAGGAAUAUAUGAAAUGGGUGGAUAGUUAUCAAUCCCAAAUUGUCGUCUUAGCAGCUCAAAUUUCAUGGUCAGAAGAUAUAGAAAGUGCAUUACAUGCCAUUGCAAAUUCUGGUGGUAAUAAUUUGCAGCCAUUAGAAGAAGUACUUACAGCAGUUGAAACAACUCUUAACGUCUUAGCUGAUUCUGUCCUACAAGAACAACCACCACUGCGACGAAAAAAAUUGGAGCAUUUGAUCACCGAAUUUGUGCACAAAAGAGAUGUUACUCGGUUACUCAUCAAAAAAGGUGUUUCCAGUCCUAAGUCAUUUGAAUGGUUAAGCCGUAUGCGCUUUUAUUUCGAUCCUCGCCAAGCUGAUGUCCUUCAGCAACUUUCUAUCCAUAUGGCAAAUGCUAAAUUCAACUAUGGAUUUGAAUAUCUUGGUGUUCAAGAAAAGCUUGUCCAAACUCCUCUGACUGACAGAUGCUAUUUGACUAUGACACAAGCUUUAGAAUCAAGACUUGGUGGCUCUCCUUUUGGCCCAGCUGGUACAGGAAAAACUGAAUCAGUAAAAGCUUUAGGCCAUCAAUUAGGAAGAUUUGUGCUGGUGUUCAACUGUGAUGAAACUUUUGAUUUCCAAGCAAUGGGAAGGAUCUUUGUUGGAUUGUGUCAAGUUGGUGCUUGGGGUUGCUUUGAUGAAUUCAACAGAUUAGAAGAAAGAAUGCUUUCUGCCGUUUCUCAGCAAAUUCAGAUGAUACAAGAGACUUUGAAGAAUCAGCUUAGCCAGAAAACUAAUAUCAGUGUUGAAUUGAUUGGAAAACAAGUAAAUGUUAACCCUGACAUGGCUAUUUUUAUUACCAUGAAUCCUGGAUAUGCUGGAAGAUCAAAUCUUCCUGACAAUUUAAAGAAACUAUUCAGAUCACUUGCUAUGACUAAACCAGACAGACAACUUAUUGCUCAAGUUAUGCUUUUCUCCCAAGGCUUCCGAACAGCAGAAAAACUUGCCAGCAAAAUUGUUCCUUUCUUCAAGCUUUGUGAUGAACAGCUUUCUAACCAGUCUCAUUAUGAUUUUGGACUUCGAGCACUGAAAAGUGUUUUAGUGAGCGCUGGCAAUAUCAAACGUGAUAGAAUACAACGUAUCAAGGAUAACCUGGCUGAGCAGGGAGAAACAUUACCAGAAGGAAAGAUUGCUGAGCAACUACCUGAACAAGAAAUUUUGAUCCAGAGUGUUUGUGAGACCAUGGUCCCAAAAUUAGUGGCAGAAGAUAUUCCACUCCUCUUCUCUCUUUUAUCUGAUGUAUUCCCUGGUGUCUCCUACACAAGGGCUGAGAUGAAAGGUUUAAAGGAGCAGAUUAAGAAAGUCUGCCAAGAGAUGUACUUAGUUUGUGGGGAGAAUGAAGAAGUUGGUGGUCUCUGGAUGGAAAAAGUACUUCAGCUUUUCCAGAUUUCACAAUUAAACCAUGGUCUGAUGAUGGUCGGUCCCAGUGGCAGUGGUAAGUCUACUGCUUGGCAAGUUCUUCUUAAGGCAUUGGAGCGUUUUGAGGGUGUUGAAGGAGUUGCACAUGUCAUUGAUCCAAAGGCUAUUUCUAAAGAAGCCUUAUAUGGUACGCUUGACCCUAAUACCAGAGAAUGGACAGAUGGUUUGUUUACUCAUGUUUUAAGAAAGAUCAUAGACAAUGUAAGAGGAGAAAUCAGUAAACGUCAGUGGAUCAUAUUUGAUGGAGAUGUGGAUCCAGAAUGGGUUGAAAAUUUGAACAGUGUGCUGGAUGACAAUAAACUUUUGACAUUACCAAAUGGUGAACGUCUUAGCUUACCACCUAAUGUGCGAAUAAUGUUUGAAGUGCAAGAUCUGAAGUUUGCUACUUUAGCAACUGUUUCUCGUUGUGGUAUGAUUUGGUUUAGUGAGGAUGUGCUAUCUACUGAAAUGAUUUUUGAGAACUUUUUGUUGCAAUUAAGGCACAUUCCUUUGGAGGAAGUUGAAGAAGAAAUUUCCUACAAAAAGAAGAAAGAAGAUACUCUUAAAGAAGAUCUUUUAUCUCCUACAUUGCAGGUUCAGAGAGAUGUAGCUAAUAUACUGAGCCCACAUUUCACAUCUGAUGGGCUUGUUGUUCGAGCUUUAGAAUUUGCUUCCAGUCAAGAACAUGUGAUGGAUUUCACAAGACUGAGAGCACUAGGUUCCUUGUUUUCUAUGUUAAACCAGGCAUGCCGUAAUGUGCUUAACUACAAUCAUAGUCACCCAGAUUUCCCAAUGCAGCAAGAUCAGUUGGAUCGAUAUAUACCUCGUUGUUUGGUCUAUGCUCUACUGUGGUCCUUUGCUGGUGAUGGCAAACUAAAGAUUCGAUCAGAUCUUGGUGAUUUUAUUCGAGGUAUAACCACCAUUCCACUUCCUCCACAGACUGUAGCUCCAAUAAUUGACUUUGAGGUUGCUAUCAGUGGUGAAUGGUCACCAUGGCAAAGUAAAGUUCCGCAGAUUGAAGUUGAAACACACAAAGUUGCUGCUCCUGAUGUAGUUGUUCCCACAUUAGAUACAGUUCGUCAUGAAUCUUUGUUGUAUACAUGGUUGGCUGAACACAAGCCUUUGGUAUUAUGUGGACCACCUGGUUCUGGCAAAACUAUGACACUCUUCAGUGCUUUGAGAUCUCUACCUGAUAUGGAGGUUGUCGGUUUGAAUUUCUCUAGUGCUACAACACCAGAAUUAUUGUUAAAAACAUUUGACCAUUACUGUGAAUAUAAGAGGACUCCUAAUGGUAUAGUGCUUUCUCCAAUCCAACUUGGAAAGUGGCUUGUUCUCUUUUGUGAUGAAAUAAACUUGCCUGAUAUGGAUAAGUAUGGAACUCAGAGAGUAAUAUCAUUCUUAAGACAAAUCGUUGAACAUGGUGGAUUUUAUCGAACUACAGAUCAAGCAUUUGUGAAAUUGGAGAGAAUUCAAUUUGUAGGAGCCUGCAAUCCCCCAACAGAUCCUGGACGAAAACCUCUUUCCCACCGAUUUUUGCGUCAUGUGCCUGUUGUUUAUGUUGAUUAUCCCGGUGAAACAUCUUUAAAACAAAUCUAUGGCACUUUCAACCGAGCUAUGUUACGUCUUUUACCAGCCUUAAGAACUUAUUCUGAUCCUCUCACAGCUGCAAUGGUUGAAUUUUAUCUCAUGUCUCAGGAACGUUUUACCCAAGAUAUGCAGCCACAUUAUGUCUACAGUCCAAGAGAACUUACCCGAUGGGUACGUGGUAUAUGUGAAGCUAUCAGACCCUUAGAAACUCUGCCUGUUGAAGGUCUUGUGCGAUUGUGGGCCCAUGAAGGUCUUAGAUUGUUUCAAGAUAGAUUGGUUGGUGAAGAUGAAAGAGUAUGGACAGAUGAAAACAUAAAUAUUGUUGCUUUGAAGCAUUUCCCCAAUAUUAAUCCAGAUGCUGCCUUGACAAGACCUAUUUUGUACAGUAACUGGCUAUCCAAAGAUUACUUGCCCGUUGAUAGAGAAAGUCUACGAGACUACACCAAAGCUAGACUGAAAGUGUUCUAUGAAGAAGAAUUGGAUGUCCCUCUUGUGCUUUUCAAUGAAGUUUUAGACCAUGUUUUGCGAAUUGAUCGUAUUUUCAGACAACCGCAGGGUCAUUUGUUGCUGAUAGGUGUGAGUGGAGCUGGCAAAACUACCUUAUCACGUUUUGUUGCUUGGAUGAAUGGACUGAGUGUUUUCCAAAUCAAGGUUCAUAAUAAAUAUAGUGCUUCAGAUUUUGAUGAAGACUUAAGAGCUGUACUGAGAAGAUCUGGAUGUAAAGAUGAAAAAAUCUGUUUCAUUUUGGAUGAGUCAAAUGUUCUGGACUCUGGAUUUUUGGAACGUAUGAAUACACUCUUAGCAAAUGGAGAAGUUCCAGGUCUGUUUGAAGGGGAUGAAUUUACAACACUAAUGACUCAGUGCAAGGAAGGCUCUCAAAGAGAAGGCUUAAUGCUUGACUCCAAUGAAGAGCUGUACAAAUGGUUCACACAGCAGGUUAUGAAAAACUUACAUGUUGUGUUUACCAUGAAUCCUUCUUCUGAAGGGUUGAAAGACAGAGCUGCUACUUCCCCUGCCUUGUUUAACAGGUGUGUUCUUAACUGGUUUGGGGACUGGUCAGAUGAAGCCCUCUUCCAUGUUGGAAAAGAAUUCACCAAUAAGUUGGAUAUGGAUAAACCUCAUUAUUCUGCUCCAGAUUAUUUCCCAGCUGCCUUCCCUGGCCUCGAAAUGCCUCCUAAUCAUCGUUCAGCUAUUGUGAAUGCUUUUGUAUAUGUUCAUCAAACCCUGCACAAAGCCAAUGCUCGACUUUCAAAGCGAGGUGGCCAUGUUGCUACUGUCACACCAAGACAUUUUCUGGAUUUUAUCAAUCAUUAUGUAAAACUCUUUAAUGAGAAACAGGCUGAAUUGGAAGAACAGCAGUUGCAUUUGAAUGUUGGAUUACAAAAAAUACAUGAAACUGUUGAACAAGUGGAAGAACUUCAGAAAUCUCUAGCUUUAAAGAGUAGAGAACUUGAAGCGAAAAAUCAAGCAGCGAAUGCCAAACUUAAAGAUAUGUUGAAAGACCAGCAAGAAGCAGAGAAAAAGAAAAUGCAAUCUCAUGAAAUCCAGAAUGCCCUCAGGGAGCAAGAAGAAGUAAUUGCUGUUAAACGAGCUAGUGUAAUGGAAGAUUUAUCAAAAGUAGAACCUGCAGUUUUGGAUGCUCAAGCAGCUGUGAAAAGCAUCAAACGACAACACUUAGUUGAAGUGCGCUCUAUGAGCAAUCCACCUUUGCCAGUCAAGAUGGCUUUAGAAGCAAUUUGUCUUCUUCUUGGUGAACCGGCCCCUGAUUGGAAAUCCAUACGUUCAGUGAUCAUAAGGGAGAAUUUCAUACCAACUAUAGUCAACUUUUCCUCAGAAUGCUUAUCUGAUGACAUCAGGACAAAAAUGAAAAACAAAUACAUCAACAAUCCAGAAUUCAAUUUUGAAAAAGUAAAUCGUGCUAGUGUUGCUUGUGGUCCUAUGGUGAAAUGGGCAAUAGCUCAGAUCAACUAUGCUGAUAUGUUAAAAAGAGUGGAACCUCUUCGUGAGGAGUUGCAAAGUUUAGAAACAGCAGCAGAUGAAAAUAAGAAAAAGGCAGAAGAAAUGGAAAGUCUUAUCAACCAUCUCGAGAAGAGCAUUGCUGCUUAUAAAGAAGAAUAUGCCAACCUUGUGAGUCAAGCCCAGGCUAUUAAAGCUGACUUAGCAUCUGUACAAGCGAAGGUGGAUCGCAGUAUUGCCUUAUUGAAGAGUUUAAGCUCAGAACGUAAGAGAUGGGAAGCUACAAGUGAAACUUUCAAGAAUCAAAUGGCUACCAUUGCAGGAGAUGUUUUGCUGUCUUCAGCUUUCUUAGCUUAUGCCGGAUAUUAUGACCAGCAAUACAGAAAUAAUCUGUUCAACUACUGGUGCACCCAUCUUCAGCAGGCUGGUAUCCUAUUCAGAGCUGAUCUUGCCAGAACUGAGUAUCUAUCAAGUGCAGAUGAACGCUUGAGAUGGCAAGCAAAUGCACUUCCAUCUGAUGACUUGUGUACUGAAAAUGCAAUUAUGCUGAAGCGAUUCAAUCGUUAUCCUCUAAUUAUCGACCCCUCUGGACAAGCAACAGAAUUCAUAUUAAAUGAAUAUAAAGAAAAGAAAAUCACAAAGACUAGCUUCUUGGAUGAUUCAUUCCGAAAAAAUUUGGAGAGUGCUUUGCGUUUUGGAAAUCCUCUACUUGUACAAGAUGUAGAAAGUUAUGAUCCAAUUUUGAACCCAGUUCUAAACCGAGAAGUUCGCAAAACAGGAGGAAGAGUUUUGAUAACUCUUGGAGAUCAAGACAUUGAUUUAUCACCAUCAUUCUGCAUUUUCUUGUCAACUCGAGAUCCAACUGUUGAAUUUCCUCCUGACAUUUGUUCACGUGUUACAUUUGUGAACUUCACUGUAACCCGUAGCAGUUUGCAGAGCCAGUGUCUUAACCAAGUCUUAAAAGCAGAAAGACCUGAUAUUGAUGAGAAGAGAUCUGAUCUGUUAAAAUUACAAGGUGAAUUCCAUGUAAGACUACGUCAAUUGGAGAAAUCAUUACUGCAAGCACUGAAUGAUGCUAAAGGUCGUAUUCUAGAUGAUGACAGUGUAAUAAGUACUUUAGAGAAGCUGAAGAAUGAAGCUUCUGAAAUCAUGCACAAAGUUGAAGAAACUGACAAAGUGAUGAUGGAAGUUGAGAUGGUGUCUCAACAAUAUAUGCCUCUGUCUCAAGCUUGCAGUAGCAUCUAUUUCACGUUAGAAGGGCUUCAUCAAGUACAUUUCUUAUAUCAGUAUGCUCUCCAAUUCUUCUUGGAUAUGUACAAUGACGUGUUGACAAAUAAUCCUCACUUAACUGGUCAAUUGGAUAACAAUGCCCGCUUGUCUAUUAUUACAUCAGACUUAUUCCAGACAGUUUACAACAGAGUCACUAGAGGUGUUCUGCAUGAAGAUCGCCUAAUAUUUGCUCUACUCUUAUGCAAGAUCUACUUAAAAGGACUUUCCAGUGAACCCAACUUUGAACAUGAAUUCAAUCAUUUACUAAGAGGACGAGAAGGCAUUCUUCCUGGUCAACCUACUAUUCAUGUUCCAGGCUUGAAUCCUGAUCAACUUGAAGGCGCAACUGCAUUAUCUAAACUACCUGCAUUCAAAGAUUUGCAGAGGAAAUUGGAUGGAAUGGAUAAUUUCAAUACAUGGAUAGAAAGUGCAAAUCCAGAGCAAGAUGUGCCUGUUUUAUGGAGUGAUGAAAAACCAUUAACACCUAUUGGAACAGCAAUGCAUGAGUUACUUGUUACUCAAGCCUUUAGACCUGACAGAGUGAUUGCCAAAGCUCACCAAGUGGUUUCUGCAGUUUUGGGUCAUAGUUUCCUGGCAGAAGCAGAAGUUGAACUUGAUUUGGGCAGUAUAGUAGAAAAUGAAGUUAAAUCUAAUACACCCGUACUCAUGUGCUCAGUACCAGGCUAUGAUGCCAGUGGGCGUGUUGAUGACUUAGCAACAGAAUUAGGCAAGAGCAUCACCUCCAUAGCAAUGGGAUCUGCUGAAGGCUUUAGCCAAGCUGAAAAGGCUAUAAAUUCUGCUUCCAAAACUGGAAGAUGGGUUAUGUUGAAAAAUGUCCACCUGGCACCUCAGUGGCUUGUCCAGCUGGAAAAAAAAUUGCACACAUUAAAGCCUCAUGCUGCCUUCCGACUAUUCUUGACUCUAGAGAUCCAUCCCAAAGUUCCAGUUAAUUUACUCAGAGCAGGACGCAUAUUUGUGUUUGAACCACCCCCUGGCAUUAAGGCCAAUCUUCUUCGCACAUUCAGUGCUGUUCCAGCUCAAAGGAUGAUGAAAGCCCCUGGAGAAAGAGCUCGCCUCUAUUUCUUACUUGCUUGGUUCCAUGCAGUUGUCCAAGAAAGGCUUCGAUAUGCUCCACUUGGAUGGUCUAAGCGUUACGAAUUUAAUGAAUCAGAUCUUCGAGUUGCUUGUGAUACUUUGGACACUUGGAUUGAAACAGUUGCAAUGGGACGUACUAAUUUGCCUCCAGAAAAAGUGCCUUGGGAUGCAAUCUGUACUCUUCUUAGCCAGUGUAUUUAUGGUGGAAAGAUUGAUAAUGAAUUUGAUCAGCGUUUAUUGAAUUCAUUCCUAAACAAGUUGUUUACUGCUCAAAGCUUUGAACCAGAUUUCCCCUUGGUAACUGGUGUAGAUGGAAUCGAAGACAAGAUUAUCAAAAUGCCUGAGGGAAUAAGGCGUGAUCAGUUCUUGCAUUGGGUAGAAAAUCUCUCAGAACGUCAGUCUCCAUCUUGGCUGGGACUCCCAAAUAAUGCUGAAAAAAUGUUGCUACUAACUGGAGGAACUACUCUGAUUGCUAAACUAUUGAAGAUGCAGCUGCUAGAAGAUGAUGAUGAAGUUGUUUACUCGGCUGAUGAAGCAGAAGCCAAACGUAAAGCUGAUGGUCGACCUGCUUGGAUGAUUACUCUGCAUAACUCUGCUGCAACAUGGUUGAGAUUAGUACCUCAGAGUUUGACUUCGUUGAAAAGAACUGUUGAGAACAUAAAAGAUCCUAUGUACAGAUACUUUGAAAGAGAGGUAAAUGCAGCCGUUAAAUUAUUACAAAUUGUACGUCGUGAUUUAGAAGAUGCAAUUCAAAUCUGUAAAGGAGAAAAGAAACAGACCAAUUUCCACCGCUCUAUGAUUAGUGAUUUAGCAAAAGGUAUACUUCCUUCACACUGGCGUUGUUAUACUGUUCCUACUGGUUGCACAGUUAUUCAGUGGAUUACUGACUUCUCAGACAGAAUAAAACAAUUGCAAAAAGUUUCCACUGCCUCUAUUUCAGGUGGCACUUCUGCAUUGAAGAAUUUACAUGUUUGGCUUGGAGGCCUAUUUAAUCCGGAAGCGUAUAUCACAGCUACUCGUCAGUAUGUUGCACAAGCAAAUGGCUGGUCCUUGGAAGAAUUGGCCAUGAAGGUUAUUGUAACAGAUAAAGAUACGAAACCUCCAGAACUUGAUGAAUGCAGUUUUGGUGUUUCAGGUUUGAAACUGCAAGGUGCUGAAUGUAAAAACAGCCAGCUUUACUUAACCCUCACUAUAUCUGCUGAUUUGCCUGUAACUAUACUUCGGUGGAUUAAAAAAACUGAAGUUAAACCAUCAGGUCCAGAGGUAACUCUCCCUGUUUACUUGAAUACUACACGCAGCGAGUUAUUAUUUACAGUUAAUCUACCUGUUGCUGGCCAACAAAAAGAGCACAGUUUUUAUGAGAGAGGUGUGGCUGUUAUUUGUUCCUCUGCCCUUGGUUAAAUAUCUGUGAUGGACAUUUGUUACAUUAUUGGUACAUUACUAUUUUAGAGCUUCUUUUUUUGUUGUUAUGGCAGCUCUCUCUCCUUUUAUUUAACUCCAUGGACUUUAAAAUUUUAGACAUUAAUAUGUUUGCUGUGGUACAGUUAUUUGAGCAUGUGUUUAUUUAUUUCAUGCAUUAAAUUUUUUUUGAAAUCUCU